GUAUCGGUUUUGCGUGUGAAGCGAAAUCAUGUGGUUCAAGUACGUUAUUGUUUCUUUAGUGUUGGUUGGUGUUUUAGGCCAAAUUAUUCCGCCGCCAGAUUCUAUUGAGACUACAGAAUACCCCAUGGAAGAAACGACAGACGAGCCUACUGAAGGGACUACUACAGAACCUAUAGAAGAGAUAACACCAGUGCUUCCGGAAGAGACUACAAUAGAGCCUACAGAAGAGACUACAACAGAGCCUACAGAAGAGACGACAGAGGAUCCUACGGAAGAGAUUGCGUUAGAAGCACCGACUGUGACCAUAGAACAAGGAACAGUACAGGGUACAGUUUCGGAUGAUGGCAAUUACUUUGAAUUCCACGGGAUACCGUACGCCGAUUCGACGUCAGGGACUCAUCGCUUUCAGGCACCAUCGCCACCCCCAUCAUUCCGAGACACGUUCGUAGCAAACCGAAAGGGCAUAAAAUGCGUACGCGCAACAGCAAAUGGAUUCGAGGGGACUGAAGACUGUCUAGUUGCCAAUAUCUACACACCAACGGUAAACGCCACUAGAUAUUUACCUGUCAUGGUUUGGAUAAAAGGAACAGAGUUUGAUAAAAUAUAUGAACAUGAACUAUCUUUCAGAAAUUUUAUGGAAAAGGAUGUAGUUAUUGUUGACCUUAAUUACCGGGAGUCUAUUUUAGGCUUCCUUUGCCUUGGUACUGCAACAGCACCGGGUAAUGCUGGAUUAAAGGAUAUCGUGGCCGGGCUGCAAUGGGUGCGGCAAAAUAUCUUACAAUUUGGAGGAAACCCUGAAGACGUCACGCUUUUUGGACAUGGAAGUGGAGCCGCUGCUGUAGACUUGGUGACCCUGUCUCCUACAUCCGAAGGCUUGGUACAUAAAGCUAUAGCCCAAAGUGGAAGUGCCUUGGCACCUUGGGCAGUUACGCGCGAUAAUUUAGCUUACGCUGUACAGGUUGCUGAAGCUUUAGGGCAUGUCGUUACCAGUACACAACAGCUUUCAGAGGUUUUUACUAGAACAAGUGUAACUGCUUUAAUGGCCACUAUAAACGAACUCGAUUUAACUGAUAAUUCUUUGGCAUUUUCUCCUUGUAUCGAAAGAAAUUUGGAGGGUGUCGAACCGUUUCUAACAAAAACACCGUACCAAAUAAUAUCGGAAGGAGACUUCGUUCAAAUUCCAUUUAUUAUGGGAUUUGUUGAUAAUGAAGGAACAAUAAGAGCACGAGAAGCAGUCGAGGAUGAUUGGUUGGAACGAAUGGAAAAUUCCUUCUCUGAUUUUCUUCAACCAGAUUUGGAGUUUGAAAGUGAUUCCGAAAGGGCUGAGGUCGCGGAAGAGAUUAAAGCAUUUUAUUUUCGAGGAGAAACUAUAAGCAUGCAAAACGUUAAAGACUACAUCACGUAUCAAGGUGAUACUAUAAUGUUAGUCUCUACUAUCAGAGAAGUGCGUCUGCGUGCAGAAAUUUCUACAGCUCCUUUAUAUUUAUACCAAUUUUCUUAUAAAGGUGUCUUAGGAGCACCUUUCCAAGGGCCUAUUGUUGUAAAUACAGCAGCACAUAGUGAAGAAUUAGCGUACCUGUUUUAUGACACACCUUCUCAGGAAAUACCUCUAAUAGAUCUAACCGUUGGUGAUAUUUUAGUAGACAGAUGGACCAGCUUUGCAGCAAAUGGUGUUCCUGAAAGUGAAAUUUCUCAAGUUCCGUGGGCACCGUUCACGAUUGAAACAUAUUCCUACUUGCGGUUCCUGGAUGAUGAGGAAUUAAACGAAGGACCAGUAGCGACUUUGGAGAUUGAACUUGAAAAUCCUCAUCCUGAAACUAUAAUGUUUUGGAACGACAUUUAUGAGGAGCAUUUCUUAGAUGCAGAAUCUACUUGGACGAUAUCGGAUAGAAAUGAGGAGGACGAAGAUGAUGUAGCUGAAGAAAAUGGUAGUGGGGACGCAGAAGGAGAAGACAGCGAUGUGGUAGACGAAACGGACUUCGAACCUGAAGACUCACCUAACUCUGCUUCCAUAGCUAUAGCGUACACAUUUACAACAUUAGUACUAUUUGCGAUCCUAAACAAUUUCCAUUCUAACACAAUGUUAUGUUAACAAACUGUUCAGUAGAUAGCAAAGCUACUGUUUUAGUUUCGCUAAGUCAUUUCGGACCUUAUUUGGGUUUCAUGUUGAAAUCCAUUGUAUAGGUCUGCAAAUAUCUCAAAUAAGUUAUUAUUUAUUAACUGUUACUCUAACAUAUCUUUUAUUCUCGAUAGAAACAGUAAAGUUUCUUGAUAAUUAUUAAUAACAUCUUUCAGUAUUUUGCAAAAUUAAUAUUUGAAUUUAGUGUUUUGAAUUUUGAGUGACUAAUAUACUUGUUUAUUGACCUUAUAAGGCUUAGGACAAUAUAAAAUAAAGGAUUGCGCAACAAUAUUUUUUACUUAUCAAGUAGUAAGAUUUUAACAAUAAGAUAGAUAGAUUGUCAACUUAAAAACAAAAUAUUUGAUAAAUCUGUUUGCAAUUCUCAUAGGCAUUGCAAGGUUUGGAUAUUAAAAUUGCUUAUAAAUAUGGAUAAAAUACUUAGCGUAAUCAAAACUAUGU